AUGGCACCGCAAGCGAAUGGGAGUAGGGCUGCAGAGGCCUUCUUGCGCUCAGCUGAUGAUCUGAAAGCAUCGCUCGCUGAUAUGAGCGAAGAUGACCGCAUGAGAAUCGUGCUCAGGAUGUAUGAACUCAUGAUUGACGUCGAGUCGCCGUGGGACACAUACAUGAGACUUUAUCUCAGCCGUCUGCUUCGUCUCCUGGCUGCCAACCGUCUUAUCAAAAUCACCAAUACUGGAAAAUUCGAACCCACUCCCUUUUUCGCGCAACUGGCGGACAAUAAUUACAAGCACAUGCUCCAUUUCCAUCAUAAAUUCACGGUGCCAAUGCUGCACCACAUGCCAAUGUUUCUCAAAAAGACAAAGUUUGUCAAUCCAACACGAAGCCGCGACACAAUGUUCGACUCCGCAUUCAACUGGGAAGGUGGUCUUUUUGGUUACCUUGAGAAGUACCCCGAGGAGGGGAAGGGGUUCAACGUCGUCCAGAAGCUUUCGACGUCAAGCCAAGCCAGAUGGACUUCUGUCUACCCUUGCCACACCCUCUUGGAUUCCGACCCAAACCUGCCGCUUCUUGUAGAUGUGGGAGGUAGCAUUGGCCAAGAUCUCAAGCCGUUCGUAGAGAAGUUUCCAGAGACAGCGUCGAGGCUGUACUUGCAAGACCUCCCGUCCGUCAUUGCAGAUGAGGAAGCCUGCCAGGUCAAGGGGAUCAACAAACUUGCGUAUGACUUCUUCAAACCUCAACCAAUCAAGCAUGCGCGGGCGUAUUACAUGCACCAUAUUCUCCACGAUUGGCCUGACAAAGUCGUUCUCAAAAUUCUCGAGAACCAAAAGGCUGCCAUGAAGCCAGGGUACAGCAAGAUCCUGAUUCAUGACCAUGUGUUAGACGACAGCAGGCCUGUGCAUCCUCAUGCUGCGAGUUACGACAUCACUAUGAUGGCGUUUGGUUCUGCCAAGGAGCGCACAGAGAGAGAGUGGCGCGAGCUGAUCGAGUCAAUUGGAUUGAAGAUUGUUAAGAUAUGGGGUUCACCGUCAUCGGUACAAGGGAUUCUUGAGGUCGAGCUUAUGGAAGGAACGGCAAAGCUUUAA